GAGCUACCUUUUUACCGAAAUACUAGUUAUACAAAUACGUUAUCUUCCGUGGUGCCCAUAACAUAUUCCGUGUAGAUCUGCGCGCACUUUGUUAACUAAGACACCUGUCGGCAGUGCUGAAGCCAUGCUGCCACGACCAACUACGCAUUCUAAGGCUCUGGGUCCUGGAGUUGCUGGUCCGGAGCUUGCCGUGGCGACUUCCGCAGUGCUCGACCGGCCCCCUCAGCCUGGUGCGCACCUGCCGCUUUCAGGAGCACAGCCAUGCGCCGUCGACCCGGCUACACUAGCUGACCCGCGGCAGCACACUAAGUAUCCCUACGUGACUGGCACUUCGGUGAUGGCCAUCAAAUACAAAGACGGUGUCCUCGUUGGAUGUGACACACUUGGAGCCUAUGGCAGUACGAAGCGCUACAAGAACACGCAGCGUAUCUACCAUGUCAACAGCAAGUGCGUCGUCGCUGCGGGGGGCGAAAUCAGUGACUUCCAGUAUAUCACAAACCUUCUGGAUGAGCUCACUACUGACGACUAUCGUACUGAUGACGGGAUAGAGCUUACCCCCCAGGAGGUGCAUUCGUACCUGUGCCGCGUAAUGUACAACCGGCGGAACAAAUUCGACCCCCUGUGGAACUCGCUCGUGGUGGGCGGCGUGCAAGAGGGCAAGCCUUUCCUCGGCAUGAUAGGCAUGAUUGGUACACAUUACACGGACAGCCAUGUCACGACGGGCUUUGCAAACCAGCUGGCCCGGCCGCUAUUCCGCGAGCGGCAGCAGGACGACAUGUCGGAGGAGGAAGCGCUCAAGCUGAUGUACGACGCCCUCAGGGUGUGCUAUUACCGCGAUAAGGUGUCGAUUAACAAGUUCCAGAUUGCGAAAGUCACCAAGGACGGCGGGGUCAGCAUUUCGGAGCCGUUCGCUCUGGACAUGCGCUGGGACUACAAGUUGUUUGCACAGCCGACGAAGUGGGCCGUGGGUGCCUGGUAGCGGUGCAGGCGCAUGUAGUCAUGACAGUCGUGUUGCAUUUUGCGUAGCUAAUGCGGGGCAGGGCUACAUAAGGUGCCGGUGGCCCCGCAACAUGGGGUUGGCGGUUAGGCAGGGGUCACGCAAGUCUCAGGCAUGCGAUGCGUGCGGCGUGUACGGAUGUGCAUGUUUCCAGGAGGUGCAGCGUGCCGCCGGUGCGCUCACGCGCGUGGGGAGUUGCCUGCACCCAUGUCGCCUCCAAGGCGCAUCGUUUUCCUUGGCACUUUGUGGUCAUUAGCUUGGCGCAUUGAGUUCGCGCCCAGUCAAAGGCAGGGCCGCGUCAGGUGUUCAGACAAUGCGGGUGUCUUGCCUGCACUUGCUAGGGAUUGAGGGCGUAGGGUUUUUCGUGGCAUAAUACAUCGUUACUCGGCCUGCAGCCCGUACUUAAUUUGCCGUAGUUGUUUGACAAGCCAUGAUUAGUUCCCAAAGCUUUUUUAAGAUUUAAGAGUUCGUGUUUCCUUUGGAAAGGGACGGGCUGGCAGAUAGGGAUGUGUUGCGUCAUAUACUUUACUGGCCAAGUGAAAUCGACAUUUUUUGUGUUUGUUAGACAGCAGCUACGACGGCUGUAAGUUCCGUUACUCAGUUUUCCUUGCGAAGGCUAGCUUGUUACGGUGGUGGUG